CCGCUUCAGAGUUCACACAGUAUACGCUACGUCUCCUUCCAAAACAGAGCAGAGCUAAGAGAAGUAGAAGGAAUCCAUGGCCGACAUUGCUAAGAAAUGGCUUCCUCUUGAAGCUAAUCCUGAUGUCAUGAAUCAGUUUCUUUGGAGUCGUGGUGUUCCACCGGAUGAGGUAGAGUGCUAUGAUGUUUAUGGGUUGGAUGAAGAACUUUUGGAAAUGGUGCCCAAGCCGGUCCUUGCUGUAUUGUUUCUCUAUCCUCUAACAUCACAGAGUGAAGCAGAGAGAGUACAGCAAGACAGUGAAACAAAGGUGCAGGACCCCACAAGUACCAUUUACUUCAUGAAACAAACAGUGGGAAAUGCAUGUGGAACAAUUGGCCUGCUUCAUGCUAUUGGGAAUAUUACCUCAGAGAUAAAACUUGAUGAAGGCUCAUUCUUGGACAAGUUCUUUAAAUCAACUGCAUGCAUGGACCCGAUGGAGCGUGCUUCAUUCCUUGAAAGUGAUAGAGAAAUAGAGGUUGCUCAUUCAGUAGCAGCUACUGCUGGUGACACUGAGGUUCCAGUAAAUGUGGACACCCAUUUCAUCUGCUUCACAUGUGUUGAUGGACAACUCUAUGAACUUGAUGGAAGGAAGUCCAGACCAAUUUCACAUGGUGCAUCUACUCCAAGCAGCCUGUUACAGGAUGCUGCUAAAGUUAUACAAAAGAUGAUGCAAAAAAAUCCAGACUCGAUGAACUUCAACGUCAUUGCCAUAUCGAAGAGAGUUAAAGGUGAUGCUCCAUGAGCG